AUGGGCAAUACUCUUUCAUCCUGCUGCAAAGGGCGACCGAAAGAUAGCCUCUACGAGCCUGCCCUCGCCGACAGCGAACGCGAGGCCGUUGCCGACCUCCUACAGUACCUCGAAAAUCGCGGCGAGACAGACUUCUUCUCUGGCGAGCCUCUUCGGGCGCUGAGCACACUCGUCUACUCCGACAAUGUCGAUCUACAAAGAAGCGCCAGCCUGACAUUCGCCGAGAUCACAGAGAGAGAUGUUCGGGAAGUCGAUCGCGAUACACUCGAGCCGAUAUGUUUCCUUCUUCAGAAUUCUGAUAUCGAGGUGCAAAGAGCUGCCAGUGCGGCUCUAGGCAACCUUGCUGUCAACACUGAGAACAAGGUUGCUAUCGUCGCGCUCGGCGGUCUGGCACCGCUUAUUCGACAAAUGAUGUCACCAAAUGUCGAGGUCCAGUGCAAUGCCGUUGGGUGCAUCACGAAUCUACCACUCACGAAGACAACAAAGCCAAGAUCGCCAGCCAAGUCGAAGGAUAUGCGGGUCCAGCGAAACGCAACCGGAGCCUUGCUCAACAUGACACACUCUGAUGAUAACAGACAGCAGUUGGUCAAUGCAGGCGCCAUCCCUGUCCUCGUUCAACUCCUGGCAUCGCCCGACAUGGACGUUCAAUACUACUGUACUACUGCCCUCAGCAACAUUGCAGUGGACGCGUCGAAUCGGAAAAAGCUUGCCCAGACCGAAUCUAAACUGGUGACGGCCCUCGUACAGCUGAUGGACUCUGGUACACCGAAGGUCCAAUGUCAGGCUGCGCUGGCUCUGCGCAAUCUGGCCUCGGAUGAGAAAUACCAGCUCGAGAUCGUCCGUCAGCGUGGACUGUCACCACUCCUGCACCUGAUGCGAAGCUCGUACCUACCACUGAUACUGUCAGCGGUCGCUUGCAUCAGGAACAUUUCGAUUCAUCCGCUGAACGAGUCGCCCAUAAUCGAUGCUGGAUUCUUGAAGCCGCUGGUCGACCUGCUCAGCUCUACCGACAACGAAGAAAUUCAGUGUCAUGCUAUCUCGACCCUUCGAAACCUGGCCGCCAGCUCGGACAAGAACAAGCAGUUGGUUUUGGAAGCUGGAGCUGUCCAAAAAUGUACAGAACUGGUUCUCACGGUGCCUCUCAGCGUCCAGUCAGAGAUGACGGCAUGCAUAGCUGUGCUUGCUCUGUGUGACGAUCUGAAGCCUGCCCUUCUCAAGAUGGGUGUCUUCAACUGCUUGAUUCCAUUGACCGACUCGGAAAGCAUCGAGGUCCAGGGCAACAGCGCAGCAGCGCUCGGAAAUCUGUCGUCUAAGGUGGGCGAUUACUCGAUUUUCGUACGCGAUUGGUCUGAACCGAACGGAGGCAUUCAUGGCUAUCUGAAGCGCUUCUUGGCCAGUGGAGACCCAACGUUCCAGCACAUUGCGAUUUGGACUCUACUACAACUCAUCGAGGCCGAUGACGCUAAGCUCUUGAGCCUCGUGGCCAAGUCCGAAGACAUUAUUCAGAUGGUCAAGACAAUCGCAGACAAGCAUGUCGAAUCUGAUGACGAGGACGGAGAGGAUGGCGAGGGCGAAGUUGUAGCCCUGGCACAACGGUCAUUGGAGCUGCUCGGCAAGGGCCCAAAGCAAACGCUCGUCGAGGGUUGA